AUGGACACAACUACUGGAGGCCUUGAGUUUAGUGGUGGUAUCAACUCCUUGAAGCCAUAUUGCUAUUGGAGCACAACUCAAGACACGACUGUGCACAAAGAUAGUACACCAGAGGCAUAUUCCAGCCUUUUUAUUUCCAACUCAAAAGCGUCAAAAGGGAAGCAAGGUGCUAUGUCUGGAGCAAAAGGUACUGGAAACCCUUUACUCACUUUGGGUUUAGGCCGCUCACCAAGUUCAUCUGAUAACAGCAAGCUAAGUUCUGGCACCGCUUGCAUAACAUCUUCAUCUUUAUUAAAGGAAAUUGAUGAGGAAUCUUCAGUAGAUCUUGGCCUUAACCUUGGGUUUCAUAUUGGCAACGAUAUUGUACACUGCCGACAGAAAUCCCAUGCUGGUUUUGAAAAUGUGCUCUCGACAAACUCUCCUAAGCUGGAUCUUCAGUUGAGUUUAUCUACCGGUUCACCCGAAUCAGUUGUCAUUGAUGCAAAUAUGAUGCCACCAGAUGGCUUGGUGAUGCUGACGACCAAUUCGCCACCCGCCACUGUAGAAGAAGGAUCAGUACCACCUAGCUGGGGUUUUGAGUAUUCGAUUGUUUCAUCAUCAUAUGCUUCUGAAGCAACAUAUGCCUUUCCAUUAUUAAAGAAAACCAAUGGAGGCAAUGCCUCUGUGCCUUCUGUCAUGUCAUCAACUAUGUUUACAAGUGUGAAAAGUCCAGUUGCCUCUACUUCUGAGACAACUAAUUCCCAACUAUGCAACAAUAACACAAAAAACUGCCAGUCUCCAGGAUGUAUGAAAGGAGCAAGAGGGGCAUCAGGGCGUUGCAUAGCCCAUGGUGGUGGUAGGCGUUGCCAGAAACCUGGUUGUCAAAAGGGCGCUGAAGGGAUGACAAUCUAUUGCAAGGCCCAUGGUGGAGGCAGGAGAUGUCAGUUUCUUGGGUGUACAAAGAGUGCUGAAGGGCGCACAGACCACUGCAUAGCUCAUGGUGGUGGCCGUCGGUGCAGUCAUGAAGGUUGCUCCCGAGCUGCUCGUGGAAAGUCUGGCUUGUGUAUCAAGCAUGGUGGUGGCAAAAGGUGUCAGAAGGAGAACUGUACCAAAAGUGCAGAAGGUCAUUCUGGACUUUGCAUUGCCCAUGGUGGUGGAAGGCGGUGCCAGUUUCCAGACUGCACAAAGGGUGCUCAGGGAAGCACAAAGUUCUGCAAGGCACAUGGUGGAGGAAAGCGCUGCACAUUCUUUGGAUGCACCAGAGGGGCUGAAGGUAGCACUUCAUUCUGUAAGGGCCAUGGUGGAGGCAAGCGCUGCGCCUUUCAGGGUGGCGGUGUGUGCCCAAAGAGUGUGCAUGGUGGCACUCAGUUUUGUGUUGCCCAUGGUGGUGGGAAAAGGUGUGCUAGCCAUGGCUGCACUAAGAGCGCUAGAGGGCGCACAGAGUAUUGUGUGCGCCAUGGAGGUGGCAAGAGGUGCAAGUUUGAGGGCUGCACCAAGAGUGCGCAGGGGAGCACUGAUUUCUGCAAGGCUCAUGGGGGAGGUAAACGAUGCUCAUGGGGCCAGGCGGACACAAGCUUUGGUGCUGGUGCACAGCAAUGCGAUAGAUUUGUUCGGAGCAAGAUUGAUCUCUGCUCAGCUCACAGCGCUUUAGUCCAGGACCACUGUGUUCAUGGUGGUGGUACAUUAGGUUCUGCUAUCUACCAGUUUGCGGUGGAUGUCAAACCUACUGAGAUGAAUGCUGCUUCAGUGAAGGGAGAUCCACGCGAGAAGAUCAAUGGUGAUAAAAUUUUACUGGAUCCGGGUAGCUCUGUUCCAAAUAGUGGUGUUCAUCCUCCUGUCCUGGCUCAGUGUAUGGUCGAUCCACUGCCAGAGGGCAGAGUUCAUGGUGGUGGGCUGUUGGCUUUACUUUCGCGGGCCGGAAGCAGAACAAGUAAUGGUGGCUCAGAAUUGUGCUCCGGGCACAAAGGUGGUGUGGAUGUGAGGCUAUCAGGUUCUCCAAGAAAUUGA